CGGUUCGGCAAAUCAGUUUGGCAGAGACCAGUCACGGCCCUGGUUUUGAAUUUUUGAAUUGACUUUGAAAUCCUAGAAAAUGCCGAUCGUUGAUGGAGAACUGACUGGUGAAGGGGCGGUUGACGCAUUCGACGUUCCGGAUGUUGCGUUGGGCAUUUACAUCGAGAACUGCAUCCGGAAGAACGUGACCCAAUACGGCGAUUGCAAUUGGCUGAUGGACGUCUCCACAGGUAAAUCGAUGAAGUACAGUCAGCUGUUGACGGGCAUGAAAGCGGUGGCGUCUGCGUUACGUAAAAGAGGCCUGGCCACGGGCGAUAAUUUGGUCGCCAUCAGCGGCAACCACAUCGAAUUGCCUUUGCUGUCCAUGGCCGUCUGGAGAGCCGGCGGCACCCAGUCAUGCCUCAGCGUCAACCUUCCACAAGAUGUGAUGGAAUGGCGCAUUCGCGAGAUGGACAGCAAGUUCGUGGUGACGGAUUACGCCAGAGCUGGCCGCAUAGUCGAUGUUGUCCAACGACUGGACUUUGUCCGAGAAAUCUUUUUGAUUGGAGACCAACCCGUGGCCGGUUGCACUUUGUUGGCUGAAUUGCUGGACGAUCCUGGCGAUGAAUGUCCCGAGAACCUAAACAGUGUCGAUGUGAACUCGACGGCCUGGUUGGCCUACACGAGCGGGACGACGGGAGCGGCCAAGUGUAUCGUCCUGUCCCACCGCUCCAUCGUCGGAUGGUUUAUGCGCUACAAUCCGUCGGGUAAUUUGAGCGGGACGAAAUUUCUGUUUGUCAACAACAUGAACAACACGGGCGGGCUGUCGACGGCCGUUGGCUCCUCCCUCUGCCAUUUCGACCUUUACUGCAUGUCGGAUUUCAGCGAAGAGAAACUCUUGGCCGCCAUCGACCGAGUCAAGCCCCGAGGCGUCAGUUUGUUCCCGUCUCACAUCGCCUGGCUGUGCAAGUACCCGGAACUGGGCCGUUUCGACCUGUCGAGCGUUUUUAGCCUUUCGGUGGUCGGAUCGCUGAUGAAUCCGAUUUACGAGCGCCAAAUCUUCCAGCGGAUGCCUCACCUUUUAUUCUUGAACAACGUGUACGGGAUGAGCGAGACGGGACUCAUUUGCCAGAACCGGCCGCCCAAUCCGGCCGAUUACGCCGGAUUGGAUAGGGACCAAGUCAUUGCCAAAUCCAUCGCAAAUCACGUUUUCGGUUCGGUUGGAUUUAUCAAUCCCAUGUGCAAACUCAAGGUGAUUGAUAAUGACACCGGGGUGAAAUUGGGUGCCAAUCAAGUGGGCGAAAUUUGCGUCAAAUCGCCUUUCAUGUUGACCGAGUACCUCAACAGACCGGAAGAAACUGCCAAUUUUCUGAGAAACGGAUGGGCCCACACUGGAGAUAAAGGAUACUACGACGAUAAGGAGCGCGUGUUUGUUAUCGGCCGAUACAAGGAACUCAUCAAAUAUCGAAACAUCAACAUUUUACCGACUAAUGUCGAGAAACACAUGAUGACCCAUCCGGCCAUCGAGGACGUGGCGGUUGUCGGUUCACCUCACGAGGAAGACGGCGAAAGGCCCUUGGCGUUCGUCGUUUUGUCUGAGAACAGCAAAGUCACGGCCGAGGAGUUGAUUUCCUACACCAACGGCCAAGUGAUGGAAGAGGAGAAAUUGCGUGGAGGGAUCCGGUUCAUCGAGAAAAUACCGCGAAACGAUUUGGGCAAAAUUGUACGCCCUGAACUGAUGAAACUUUUAUGACGCAAUUCAUUUUGUUGAUUUUCUUAAUGGAGUGGCGACGGCUCAAGAUCAACAUUCGAUGGACUUUUAGGAGAUGAAUUUUUCUUGACAAUUUGGUUUGAGUUCGCAUACGUCGUGUCAUUUUGUGGAGAAAUUAUUUUUACACCAUUUUUGGGGAAGAUGGUUAAACUUAAGCGUUGAAAUUGGUCCAAUUAUUUGAGAAAACGGAUGUGAGUGACGCAAUAUUCUUCCUCAGUAAAUUUGUUUCCUUUUU